AUGGUAGGGAGCAUAGAUUGUAUGCAUUGGGAGUGGAAGAAUUGUCCAACUCCAUGGAAAGGACAAUAUUCACGUGGAUCUAGAAAACCGACAAUCGUACUAGAGGCUGUGGCAUCCCAAGAUUUAUGGAUUUGGCACGCAUUUUUCGGACCACCAGGUACGUUAAAUGAUAUCAAUGUUUUGGAGCGCUCAUCGGUGUUUGAUGAUAUCCUAGAGGACCGAGCUCCGAGAGUUACAUAUGUUGUCAAUGGACGGCAAUACAAUAUGGCGUACUACCUCACUGACGGUACAUAUCCCAAUUGGGCAACUUUUAUCCAAUCCAUUACACUUCUUCGUGGCCGAAAAGCAAAACUCUUUGCUCAAUUUCAAGAAGCAUGCCGGAAAGAUGUAGAGCGUGCAUUUGGAGUCUUGCAAGCUCGAUUUGCAAUCGUGAAGAAUCCCGCACUUUUUUGA